GAUUUGGCGCGCGUUUCUCGUCGUCUGCGUUGCGUUGCCACUCCUGCCCACCCACUCGCUCCGUCCCGUCCAUGUGGCGUCGCCACUCCGCUCUAUAUAAGCCCAUCCCUAACACCUCGCACCCUCUCUGUCUCUCCUCUUGCCGUGUCCCUCUCCCUAGGAGAACCUCCUGACAUGGCCGUGAAAGCGCAAUUCGGCGGCCUCACCGGGUGCUUGGCCGAGGAGCAGAUGCGGGCGCCGAGAGACUACGGUGCGCUCCUGUCCGCCGCGGCGGCCGCGGGCAACAACGGGUACCAGUACAACUGUGCCGGCAUGGUCAGCGGCGCGCAGAGCGAGCUGACAUGCAACGGUGGUGGUGCCAUGUUGGCCUCGCGGAAGCGCGGGAGGGAGGCUGAGCCUGAGAAGUACAUGUCCUCGUCGUCCGCGGCGCUGCUGCCAAUCCCGGUGAUGGCUAAAGCGGUGGUCGUGCAGCAGUCGCCGGAGGCCGUGGGGGCGGCGAGAAGGGUGUUCGACUCGGGGAUGACUUCAACCAGCGGGCGGCCGGCGGCGUUGGUGGCGGACGCGCUCGUGUGGGAACUGUGCCAGCAAGGCGCGGAGAUCGACGCGCUGGUACGGGCCGAGUGCGAGCGGCUGCGCUCCGGGCUGGAGCAGGCGCGCAAUCGGCAGUGCCAGGCGCUGGUGCAAGCUGCCGCGGCGGGUGCGGCGUGCAGGCUAAGGGAGAAGGAGGUGGAGCUAGAGGCCGCGCGCCGGCGCGCCACGUACCUCGAGGAGCGGGUCCGGCAGGAGGCCGCCGAGAGCCAGGCGUGGUGCGGCCUCGCGCGGAGUAACGAGACCGUCGCCGCGGGGCUCCGCGCCACGCUCGACACCCUCCUCCUCCGCGGCGGCGCCCCGGCGCCCGCAGAGGAGGGCUUCGGUGACUCCGACCCAACCUCCCCCACUGCCGCGGCCGACGACGCGCAGUCCUGCUGCUUUGGGGCCAAGGACGCACCGAUGGACGGCAAGUGGGCGUGCAAGGCGUGCGGCGAGAGCGAGGCGUCGGUGCUGCUGCUGCCGUGCCGGCACCUGUGCCUGUGCAAGGCGUGCGAGCCCAGGCUGGACGCCUGCCCUGUCUGCCUCGCCGCCAAGAACGCCUCCAUCCACGUCGCCGCCAACUGAUCGGAUCGUCCUUCCUCGCUGAUGCGAUCAACCAUGGCAUGCCUUGGCUCCGGCGAUGUCGCAAACAAAGUCCAGUUGAGUAAUUAGGCAUUUAGCGGGCUCCUAGAUUAGAUCAAUUAAUUCCGUUAGUUCUGUUCUUGGCGGUGUUGGCAGCGACGUGUUGCGUUCACCCAUAAUGCUGCGAAAUUACCGCCUGGUGGAAGAUUUAUUCACCGUCUCCCCUUCUGCUAAAAAUGGAAACGAGAAAGAGGACGUGAGUGCUACAGCAAUGUAAAAAAGAUUAACCUUUUCGUUUACUGCUUGUUACCAUUGCCAACUUCUCCUCCGGCUGCAACACUCUGUUUCUUGCUCUGUUUC